CCUGCCAGUUGUGUGGAGAGAAGAAGAAAAGCGGCUACAAGCGGAAGAGGCUCCGUAUUUGGUUUCGGAUAGUAUUCCGUCUGUGGUCCGGGGUUUUCACUCUAACACGCUUUGAAUAAUGUCGACCCCGGCGAGGAGACGGCUUAUGAGGGAUUUUAAAAGACUUCAAGAAGAUCCUCCCACCGGUGUGAGCGGAGCACCGUCAGAGAACAACAUCAUGCUUUGGAACGCUGUUAUUUUUGGGCCUGUGGGAACACCAUUUGAAGAUGGAACGUUUAAGCUUCUGAUAGAGUUUUCCGAGGAGUACCCAAACAAACCUCCCACAGUUCGGUUUGUGUCCAGAAUGUUUCACCCAAAUGUUUACGCAGAUGGCAGUAUAUGUUUAGACAUCCUUCAGAAUCGCUGGAGCCCCACAUAUGAUGUGUCAUCCAUACUCACCUCCAUCCAGUCGUUGCUGGAUGAGCCAAACCCAAACAGUCCAGCCAACAGUCAGGCCGCGCAGCUCUAUCAGGAAAACAAGAGGGAGUACGAGAAGAGAGUGACAGCCAUCGUGGAGCAGAGCUGGGUGGACGUCUGAGCUUCUCUUGCUCUCUGCUUCUUCCUCUCAAUCACCCUCCUGUCAUCCUCCCAUUACUUCAGUCUCUCUGAUUUUUUUUUUUACCGCAUCAAAAAAAAAAACAGUUAUAUCAGAAGAACUCAAGUGCCACCCUGAAUAAAAAGAAUGAAAAAAGGAACUCGAGAGGACAACCAAACCCGAAUGGACAUUAACUUGCUUGCCAAUACAUUAGAGGAAAAACGAGGGAGGGAAAUCAAUCUUUUGUUUGUGUUUCUUGUUCUUAAUUUUACUUUUUUUUAUUGCAUGAUGUGAAAUAAGUUAUUGCUAACAGAAUUUGUAAUAUAUCUUUGUUGUUUGUUUGGCUUAAGUUGGACUGUUUUGAGUUUUACAGAUUUUUUUUUUUCCUUUUCACUUUUUCUUUUGUAACGUCUGCUGGUGAGUACAACUUGGCUGUUUUGGGGGAAAAAGGCCAAAUCAGCGUAUUUUGAAAGUCAUGGGAGAACCUAGAAAAUGCCUUUUUUAAACCAUUCAAGUUAGCCACAGAUGCAGCUGAUAAAAAAAGAAUCGUUCUGUUCCGAGCAUAUCUCUUCAUUAUUUUUAGACUCAAUAGGUUUGGGCUCACAGGGCACACUGUGCCAAGUGUCCCUUUUGCGCUGAUGAAUCAUGACUCCUUGGCAAGCCAGCUCUGAGCUUUCUAUUUUAAUCAAUUAUAUUACGAGAGAAGGAGAGUUAUGAGAAAGUAAAUAUUAUCACUAGAACUUGACAGGAUGAGGUUUGACUGCAGAUUCUAAAGAGAUCAUCAGGGUCAACUGAAAAGACUGGAAGCUUUUCAAUCAACAUUUAAUUUUCACCUGAUUCAGUACGUUUUCAUAUUAAAGAGCAUAGGAGCCUGCAAAAUAAGGAAAUCGACUUCAUGAUGGUUCAGUCGUUGCUGAUUGGGCCUGAACUUCCAAGAUGUGCAGACACAUGUUCUCAGUUCUGUUCUGCUAAUUUUCUAUAAUGCACAUUCAGUUCUCAUAGUUCUUGAGUGAGGAAAAUGGAAGGUAAAUUCAUUGAAAAGCUUCUCCGCUCCUCCUCCCAACAGAUCUCAUCCCUGCACCCAUGUGCUUUUCAGAUUUUCACUCACCACACAUAAGCAAACAACUUCCCAAUACUAGUUUUACCAGUGACGUCUGUCUGCUUGAGUUCAAGCGUCUUACGAUCCUAUUUAUUUACACAGCUGACAUGUAAAUUAACAAUUAUAAGCAUACAAGCAGUGCUGCCUGUUGCAUUAUGUUUGACUGCUGCAGAGAAGAGCUCACUCGCAUGCAGUUCGACCCCGCCCCCGCUUCAACAGCACGACAUCAACUGCUUCCCCAAAGUUGUCGUCUCAUGCCUGCAUCUGUCUCCUGUUUUACUUGUAUGUGAUGCCCAGUCAAAAGACCACUUGAGUAUAAAUUCAUGACAUAACUCCACCCAGCUUCAGCUAAAUAAUCUGUCACCAUGAAACAGUUCCACUUUUCUGAGACAGUACAGGUCAUAUUGUGGUUAGUGACUUAUAUCACCUAAUAAGCAGAUGGGAUAUGUUAUAAAAAAUUUUGUGGAUUAAGCAAAAAAAAUGUAUACUUAUAACAAUAUGCUGUAUAAACGUAAUAAAACACAUUUUUCAGACUUUGA